AUGACAUACAAGAGAGCUCCAUGUAUUCCUGACGGCAAUGUAACCAACAUAAUCUACUGCGUCGGCGAGAACCUGCGUGCCUAUUCGGGUGGGCCGCCAAAGAAGAUCCCCCGUAGCCUCAGCAUUCGCCCGCCGUCCAAUACGCAACUCUGGUUCCAGACUCUUAAAGACGCACUGCAACCCCCUGUAAGCCGAAAUGAUCCGCCAAAUGCUGAGCGAGCACUGGAAUUCGCUGAACUUUACCAGGUUUUAAGCGAGAAAGUGCUUGGGUCUGGGCAAUUCGGCACAGUCUAUAAUGCAAUCCAGCGACACACAGGAGUCGAAGUGGCUGUGAAGGUAAUCUCGAAGGAACGUUUCUCAAAAAAAGGAAAUGGUGUGGAGUCAAUGCGAGCAGAGGUAGCGAUUCUACAACGCGUCUGCCAUAGUGGAAUCGUCCGAUUGGAAUUCAUGUGCGAGACCAAGGACAAGAUCUUCGUUGUGAUGGAGAAAAUGAACGGCGAUAUGCUUGAGCUAAUUCUCAGUCAGGCAGCUGGUCGUCUAGAUGAACGUGCAACUCGCUUCCUGCUCGUUCAGAUCCUGUCUGCCCUUAAAUAUUUGCACAACCAAGGAAUUGCUCACUGUGACUUGAAACCAGAGAACGUCCUCCUCUCAGAGAUGAAUACGAACUUCCCACAGACGAAAAUCUGCGACUUUGGAUAUGCCAGAUUCAUUGGUGAAUCACAGUUCCGAAAGACAAUAGUUGGUACGCCAGCUUACCUACCACCCGAGGUUCUGCUUAGGCAAGGCUACAACAAGUCCCUGGAUAUGUGGUCGGUCGGUGUUAUCAUAUAUGUCACAUUGUCAGGCACAUUUCCUUUCAAUGAAGGAGACGAGAUAGCUGACCAGAUCCAAAACGCUGCAUUUAUGUUUCCGGCUGAACCUUGGGCAGAAGUCUCACCAGCUGCUAUCAACCUAAUUCAGCAACUCUUACGGGUAAAGAUCGAUGAGCGCCUUACUAUCGAUCAAUGCUUGGCACAUGAAUGGUUGAAGGGUGAGCAGCUGUAUCACGACCUAAGAACUCUAGAAUUGCGACUUAAGUGCCAAAGAUAUCUCACCAAUCCGGCCGACGACGAAAAGUACAAUGAAUACCUCCAACAGCGACUUGUGCCUGAGUUGUGA